AAAGCUGCACCUUUCUUUUCAUUUUUCCCUUUUUUUUUAUUUAGGGUGAAAAGGGAGCCAAAGGAGACAAGGGGGAGCCAGGAGAGUGCAGCUGCCAGUCCCCGCCUCAAGUGGACCCCAACUCCAUCGGCAAGCCUGGGGCCCCUGGAACCCUGGUCACUGGCUACGUGUGGCAGCCAGGCCCCCAGGGGCCUGCUGGACCCCCCGGACCCCCUGGCCCCCCUGGCCCUGGGGGGUCCACUGGUCAACCCGGACGGCAGGGUAUUCCUGGAAAUGACGGCUUACCCGGGCUGCCUGGGCCGCCGGGAGAUUUAUCCCCCCUGUCAAUGGUAGCUGAUAGCAACAUGGACGAACUGAAGAAGAUCUGUGGAGGCUGCACUCAGGGCCUCCCGGGUGUUCCUGGUGUGAUCGGGAUCAAGGGGGAGAAAGGGGAGCAGGGGGAGCAGGGCCUCCCGGGGCCAGGAGACGAGGACAGCUGUGAGAAGUGCUUUGAGCUCCAGAGAGAAGAGGCAAGGGGCGACAAUGACAGAGAGGGCGGGGCGGGCUGUCCGGGAACCCCGGGAAUGCCGGGAAUGCCGGGAAUGCAGGGAGACAAAGGCGAGCAGGGACCUCCGGGACAAAGGGGAUUCCCAGGUCCACCAGGCAGUAUGGGCCCUCCAGGUUUCCCUGGUUCUCCCGGUCCGGCUGGAUUACCUGGACUGCAUGGAGAGAGGGGCAUGCCUGGCCCUGAAGGAAUGAAAGGGCAGCAGGGUCCACCAGGCACUCCUGGCUACCCGGGAUCAAUGGGACCCCCUGGCAUGCCAGGACUGAAAGGGGAGCGGGGUCAGUCUGGAUCCAAUGGAGAGAAGGGAGAAUCGGGUCCUCCCGGAUCACCUGGCUAUCCAGGGCCUGCUGGGCCUGUGGGGCUCAAAGGGGAUAAAGGUGAAUCUGGGAGCCCGGGACUGAAAGGAGAUCAGGGUUUCCAAGGUCAACCAGGCUUUCCAGGACAACCAGGCCCCCCUGGCUUCACUGGGAAGGAUGGCUCUUCAGGACCCCCAGGACCUUCUGGAGACAAGGGUAGCGAAGGACCACAAGGCCCCCAGGGACCCACCGGACCCCCAGGGUCACCCGGACCCUCUGGCAGACAGGGUGUUCCUGGCAUGGAGGGUUUGGACGGCAAGGAUGGGAAGCCCGGCCCAAGGGGUGAGCCAGGUCCUAUUGGCCCACCAGGACACAAGGGGAUUCCAGGUUUGAAAGGGAAAACUGGCCAUACAGGUUUUCCAGGACAGAAGGGAGACAUUGGACCUCCUGGUCAGCAUGGGAGUGCAGGAAGACCUGGAGUCGAGGGUGAUCAGGGGCAGCCUGGACACCCAGGACCUCCUGGACCUCCGGGACACGUGGGGUCGCCAGGCAUGGUGGGACCUCCAGGGCCAGCCGGGCCCUCGGGCAUUGGCGUGAAAGGGGAGCGCGGGCAGGUGGGAGAGAGGGGGCUCCCAGGCAUGGGCGGACCCCCAGGGCCCCCCGGCCACCCUGGGCCGCAUGGGGAACCAGGCAGUGAUGGAAAAUCCGGAAAAGAUGGAUCACCUGGGGUACCUGGAGAACCGGGAAAGCCAGGUCUGAAGGGAGAUUCCGGCUCUCCGGGUGAGAAGGGGUCCGCGGGGGAGAGGGGGCGGCCCGGGCCUCCUGGAGGAUUACCGAAGAGCAGCAGCAUGAUAAGCCCCAUCGGGCCCAUGGGUCCCCCAGGAGAGAGAGGCUCUCCUGGAGCUCCAGGGCCUGCCGGAGCCCCCGGACAACCAGGAAUACCGGGAACAGGGGGCGAGUCUGUUAACUUUGAUGAAAUCAAGAGGUUCGUCCGACAGGAGGUCUUGAGGAUCUUCGAUGAGAGGAUUGCGUACUACAUGUCCAGGGUCCAAUUCCCCAUGGAGCAGGCGUCCUCCCCUGGCCGGCCGGGACCUCCAGGAAAGGAUGGGACACCUGGAAGAUCAGGACCACCCGGAAUGCCAGGAAUCCCGGGACAGAUUGGGAGAGAGGGGCGUCAGGGUCUCCCCGGGCCCCAGGGUGAAUCGGGCAAAAAGGGAGAGAAGGGCGACAAAGGAAUUGGAGUGAUGGGAGACUGUGGGCCGCCCGGCAUUCAAGGUCCCCCUGGGCCCCCAGGCUAUGGCAAGACAGGUCCACCAGGUCCAGUGGGUCAGCAGGGUAACCCCGGAGUGCCUGGUCCAGCGGGUCAGCCAGGAUCGGCAGGGAAAGUGGGUCGCUGCAACCCUUCUGACUGCUUCAGUAUGAGGGGUGUGGAUCAGUACGAUUCCAAGAGCAUGAAGGGACCAAUGCACUAGGCGGGAGGCAGAGAGAGUGAGAGAGACGUGGAACAGGAACGCAAAACAAUGGACUGUUUUUUUUUUUUUUUUUUUUUUUUUUUUUUUUUGUUUUAUGUUGGAAAUAUUCCUAAGAUCCUUUUAAAGCCAUCAUUCGCUCUUCAUACUUUUUGUACAGCGAUCUUGUGUACGGGGUUUGGACAAAAAAAUUGGGAACGUCUGCAGUGCUCGGCACAUGCUUUGGUGUAAAAUGGUCUGUGCAAUGCAUAAUAAAUCCCAGAUGUUGUGUAGUUUUGAUGAGCAUUUGAAAGUGGUCACGUCUCCCUUCGAAUCAGCGCUGUCCGUUGCGGCCCUACCCCCUAUUGACAAGACUGUGUGUGCUAUUUCUACUAUUCUCUCUAACCCUGCAUGUGCUCUUCUGUUAACAAGCUCAGCUCAACUGAAGCCUGGUGCAUGUUGCUGUUGUUGUUGCUGUUUUAAUAUGCAAUCAGUAUUUCACACUAUUUUCAAUGGCCUCGGGGGUGUGGUGUUGGUGGUUUGCAGUGAGGGGAGGGUGGAAGGGUCAGCCUGUACCUGAAUGUUAUUGCAGCAUCUUAAUCCUCCAUCCAUUCAUUCAUUCAUUCAUUCAUUCAUUCAUGCGAGUUGGAGAUGAAAGUAGAUUUCAGAAUGAUCAAAACUGAAAUACUAAUAACGCAACCGCAUGAUCAGAACUGUGUGUUGCCAUGAAGUACAAGUACCAUUGGAGAAUGGCAUUGAAUGACGUCAUUUAACAGGGAAAUGAAAGCUCUUAAUUUUUUUAUUUGAAGCCCCCGACCUUUUAAGAGUGCCUCAGUCAAGCAGUGUUUUGUGUGAGAGUAUCCUCUGUACAUGUGUUUAUAUCGUGACCCAUUUACCAUCGUUUUUCAGGAGCGCAGCCAGGAUUUCAGUAAAUGCAGUGUUAUUUCUUGACUGUUUUAGCCUGAAUAUAUUUUUUAAUGUCAACUAAAAUGUGAAACGAAGAUAGCCGUUACAUGUCUGUUUAUCUUGGGCCUGGCAUAAUUCUGGAAUAGUAUGACUCUGCUAGAAUAUAAAUGUAUCAUUUUAGAAUAGUUUUACAUUUUGUUUUCUAAUAAACCGCUCUUCAGAAAUGUUUGCGUUGUACUUGAAAAUUGUUGCUGUUUCAUUUGUUUUCCUCCCUUGCUCCAAAUCUACCCACCGCCAGCACCAGUACCUUGGAUCUCUUCAGUCCUGUUUCACCGUAAAAUAAUGGAGAUGCCUAUAAACUCUACCCAGUGCAGGUCGCAUAUCUGAUCCUCUUCUGUCAUGUGCCCUGUCUUUUAAUGCCCAGUUUGAGACCCAUUUGAAAUCCGCCCUUGCCCCCAUGUCAUUGUGCAGAUAGCAGAGAUGGAUAAGACUGCUGGGUGUUGGUAAGUUGUUUUCGUUGUCCUUGCACACUUUGGGUGAUGGGCACUGUGGCACAAAUAAGCAACUGUACGGAAACGUAUUAUCUUCUAAUUUACAACAACCAGACCCUUGCUCACCCAGCUGGAGGUAAGCCAUUCUGUUAUUCUUCAAUAAUGGAACAGCACAUAAAGCGCAGCUGAGAGGUGACACUACAGUGACGGCACCUGUUUUUAAAACCACUGUUUACUACAGUGUGCACCUGCUCUGUGUAUAGGCAUUAGGCUGUCUCUUUACAUAAACUACAUUGUUUUCUUUUUUGCUUUGUUGUUUUAAUGUACCUGUUAGGGUGUUGUUCUUGCAUCUCUGUAUAUAUGAAUCUGGGAUUGAGUGUCAUCUUUUUAUAAAACGUACCAAGGUUUAUUUAAAUAAAUCCUUCAUUUCUA